UAGUACUGGUUCAGAUUUUGGUCUGUGUGUGCUGGUGUGUUGAUUGGGAGGCCGCGGAAUUUACUCGUUGUGAUCUGGAUUGUCCGUUAGCGGUCUGGCUGGAACCAUUGGAAUCGUUUCUCCUCGAGAGUAAGAUAGAGAGAAAGUGCUUGGCUCGUACGCAUGGUGGCCAUGCCUUCUUUAACGCCCGCGGAAACGCCCCUGGCUAGUGGGGCCAUGGUGGGCGGGGGAAAUUCGAUCAAUGGCGGGGGAAGCGAGGCCACUUCGUCGCAAACGGUGGACGAGUCGCCCUUGGGACAAGCCCUGCAAAUCGUGGAGAAGAAAGUGCGCAACCUCGAGAAGCGCAAGGGUAAAUUGGAUGGGUAUCGGGCCGACUACCAACGAGGCAAGACAUUAAACGAUGACCAAAAAGCAGCCAUUGCUAAGUACGACGAAGUGUCGCAAAACCUGGACUUUGCCCGCGAGUUGAGCGGCCAAUUCAAGACCAUGGCCUUAGAGGAUGAAAAAGCGCGGAAAAAGAACUUGAAGAAGGAAGCCCAGGAACGAGCCAAGAGCGAUUGUCAAAAAAUCGCCUCAAUCUUGGAGAUUCAAGAUCUUCUCAAGGCCCUAGGCAAUUUCAAGACCCGCGCCGACUUUGUCAAUGGCAAUCACGGAGCUGUGAAGAUCGCCAAAGAGCAAAUGGACUUGGUCAAGGAGUUUGAAAACCUCGUACGACCUGCUCGUAAGAACUUUGCACAAGGUGAAGACUUUGAGAAGGCUCUUACCGUGGCCGCCGAGCAUUUGUCCAAUUUGGUGGAUGGCAAGUCGAAGAAGGUGCUGGGCAAGACUUCUUAUAAGGAGUUGAAGACGCUCUUUCACACCAUCAAGACAUGUGGCUAUUUCGAAGGGAAGGCCAUGAAGGACUCUGAGAACGUGGAGGAGGAACUCCCGUCCAGCAGUGGCUCCGAAGAAGGAGACCGAAUCCCCACCGAUGCCAUCAAGACCACGAAAACGGACAAGCACGGAAAGCAGCCACCCAUGGCCAACGGAAAAGCCUCUGAGACUGCUCAUGUCCGAGGUUCCAAGACUGGAACCGCGAAUGGAGAAAAGUCCAAGGGCAAGGCCCAUUCCGCGAACAACAACAACAACGAAACUAAUCCCCAAACCUCCAACACCAAAGCUCAGGAUCAACCCAUGCCUAACCCUCAGAUGCAGCAACCAAAACAAGCGCGAGCCCCGAAAGGAGUACCCGCUCGAGACGCCCCUCAAGAGGUGCAAGAGCAACAACACCCUCCUCCUCAACACAUUCAUCAGCAACAAAACCACAACCACCAGCAACAUGAGCAACCCUUACCUGCUCGACAACAACAACAACAGCAGCAACAGCAGCAGGCCCCCGCCGUUGCGACUCAAAUGGUCCCACCUCAGCCGCAACCUCAACCUUUGAUGCAACAAAAACCCUCCCACCCUCCUCAUCCGUUGCCAGCCAGUCUGCCCCAAAUCCCGGCCAAGCCAGAAAUCGACUUCCUUCAGGAGUCGCAGAUUGGACUUGACUCGCCGCAUAUGGAUCCUGCCGUGGUGGUGGUCCAACAUUCGGCUCCUGAAGGCGGUCCUAUGAACUUGCACCAUCCCACACCCAUGAUGAUGACGCCGACCACUCUUGCUGCCAUCCAGCAGCACCAACACGCCCUCAGCCAGAUGCAUCAUCACCACAUGCUACAACAGCAUUACAACCAACAACAACAACAGCAUCAGCUCGAAAGCAUGGUCAAGAAACCGGCCCCCGGGUUCGCCGAGCGACCCCAUCCGGGGCCCCCUCCCAUGACUGAGCCGGCAUUACAGAGCCUUAGUAAGCAUCAUGAACCCAUGCGUACAUCUCCCAUGCUCGACAAUGACAUCCCCAUUGCCCCAACACCAGCUCACAGCGUGGAGCCGGUAAGUGAGCCAGCUCCCGUGGCUGCACCACUAGCAGGCCCUGUUAUGGUUACGGCCCCGGCUUCUGCGCCUGCGGCUCCCGUGGCCUCGGGAUAUGCAGCCAUCGCAGCUGGCUCAAACAAAGCGGGCAGCCAGGAACCCGUGGUUGACACCAUGAGCAAUAUUGCGGAUUGGAACUCCGAGGUCAACAAUGGCCAAGGAGAGGAUCGUGAGGUGCAACGAGGAGAAACCUACCGUGGGCGUGGUGGUCGUGGUGGACGCGGUGGUGGCGAUCGAGGCGAUCGAGGCGAUCGAAGACCUUAUCGAGGAGGUCGUGGGGGUUACGGAGGCGAGCGAGGGGGUCGAGGAGGUACGGGCGAAAAACGCGGCUACGGCGAUCGUGGAAGCGGAUACCGUGGCAAUCGCGGCGGAGAGAGAGGCCGAGGAGGAGGAGAUCGCGGUGGUGAAAGGGGAGGCUAUCGCGGACGAGAAGACAGAGGUGAUCGAAGUUAUAGGGGAGGAGGCUACCGAGGAGGCCGAGGGGCCGAACGUGGCGGUGGAAGCGGUGAACACGGUGGUCAAAGAGGUCAGAAUGGAUAUUGAGAGACGAACACAGCCACAGAACGUCCUCUACAUUAACUCCAGUAACAAGAACCGUCUGUGUUAAAGCAAGUUGAAAAGAAAAAAAAACCGACUGCCUUGAAAAAUCGUAAUCACCAUGUUAAGUGAUCUUUGAAGCUAUGUAACCAUCCAUCAUCCUUUUCCCGUCACAGGUCUACUUGAAAACCAACAAAAAAAACCAUCUGCCCCAUCUUGAUUCUUCAUACCCCAACCAAAGGCAAUUCAACUUCUUCCAGGUUCCAAAAUCAGCCGCCAUCCCCUCUUUGUGUUUUCCAUUACCGCGUGUCUAAUGCUCUAAAUCAUUCCCUCGUUUCGAUUCGAUGCUUCAGCUCCAAUAAGUUGUUGAUGGCUGAUUCGGAUUGACGAUCAAGUCCCAAUUAGGUCGAAUAAUGCUAUCCAAUGAUGUGUGCAAUUUGGCACUCCUCUCGGUCUCGGAAGAAGUGGUGGAAGGAAUUCCACCCACAAGGCCCGUAAUUGAACUAAGUGAGAACUCUUGUGUUGAUUUCGGUUUUUUCACCCUUUUCGUACGAUUCAUGCAGUAUUCCAUGAUAUGAUAUCUCUGUCUGUUUGUCUGUCUGUGCUUCUUCCUCUUCUACUGCAACAACACUACCACCAUCACCACAACCAGAACAAGACCCACUCUUAUUUCCGACCUGCAUUCUCUCCUAGUUCGUUCUACUUCUAUUGCUACUACUACUUCUACUACUACUAUGAUGUAUACUGAUGAUUCAGAUACCCAAUAAUGAUCCGCAAGGUGAAUAAACAAUCUGUCAUCGAA